CAGGCCAACCUCUCUGGAGAGAAUGGGGAGAUCUAUCUGUUUCAAUGGCUGUCAUCGACGGAGAGAUUGGCUAAACGGGCAAGCCCGGAGCAACUCAAAGCGUGCCAGACAGACUUGGAAGCGUCCAUGGUGAAGAUCAUCUCCGCCCCCGAACCAUUCCCACUGCCAGGCCGCCCCAUCAGGAGGCUAGUCGCAAGCUGUCUGCAUGCGCUAUACCUCCGAGGAGAGACCAAAUCCCUCUUCGAUACUAUCCAAGCCUUCUUGAAGAUCCUCGCGGAGACUAAACCGCCGGCGAAGGAGGCUAGCCGCAUCGCCGCGAUCUACUGUAUUGGAGAGCUUAUGGGUACCUACGGAUCCCAGGUUAUGUCCCAAAUGGCUGAAGUCGCCACCGUGACCAUCAAGCUUUACCGCUCUUCCAGCCCUAUCAUACUCAGAACCUACGCGCUAUAUGCUCUCUCGAAGGCACUUGGUACGGCAAAGCGGGCCGUCACCGAUUCUGUCGCCAGAGACAUCAUCAAACACUGCAGGAAUGCGCUCGGAGACAAGGCGUUUCCUGUCCAGCGAGCUGCCUGCGAGGUUCUGAUACUCAUGUACCCCACUGGUGACGGCACUCGAUCCGUGGCAGACGUUGAGAACAUCCUGAACCUCUGCAUCAGGAGCCUUGACGGUGCAGACCAGCUCACGCGGAAGUCCCUGGCCAAACUUGCGGCCCAUAUGCUCGCGUCGACGCAGAUUGAACGUGUCGUCCCCGUGCCGGACGCAGCCAAGAAGGGCAAGAAGCCACAGAACCAGGACGAGGAUGAGGACGCCACGGUAGCUGCCCACGUAACGACGGAGGAGCCCAAGCCCAUCAUGACCCCCGCAGAGAUGCUUCUGCAGUUGUCUGCUCACUUCAACAAGCUCCAGGCGUCACGACGGACGCGAGUGGGUAUCUUCGACAUCUACUCCGCACUCUUGUGGCAGCUGGGAUCGAGCUUUGUGGAGAGCAAUUACGCCCUCGUUGUCAACCACCUCAUGACCGAGAUCGUUGCAAACCCCCGUAACUCGGGCAGCCGCUACGAGGUACUGUUCGCGCGCUCGCUGAUCGAGCUUAUCCUUCGUGACCUCGUCGGCGUGCGCAUGCUCGGCGAACAGGCGCAGAUCACUGCUAUUCAGGAGCUGUCUAGUACGUAUCUAAAGCGCUGGCCCGCGUUGAUGCCCGGUCAGUCUGCACCGAGCCCCUUGUGUCUGGUCAUUGCUCUCCGAGAAGUUAGCGGACUCCUGCAACAGCUCGGCAAUGCUCCCGGGCCCGUCCAGGAUGCACUUUCUGAUCCUUUGCUCAACCUGCUUUCGCACCCCAAUCAUAGCGUUCGUAUCAAUGCUGCAUGGACGCUGCGCAGUUUUUGCUACUCUACCCCUCUUCGCUUGCCCAAAGUACUGCUAAGUGUCGUCGAGAAGCUACAACGCGAUGUUUCUUCCCUCACCACCCCCGCCGCGCCAUCCGACAUCCAUCUCCGCGCCCUAGGGCACGCAUACGGUCUCGCAGCUCUACUUGCAGUCAUCCCUGAUCGUCCACUAUAUGUCUCGUACGACAUCAGCGCGAAGGUGUUCGACAUGGCCGUGCAGAUCCUCAAGCGUGCGGGCGAACACGACGUCAAGGUCGCGCGCGUCGAGAUCGAGAUAGCGUGGACGUGCAUCGCGUCGCUCAUGACGCUGGGGCCCAACUUCGUCCGUCCGCAUCUCCCGCAGCUUCUCGUCCUCUGGCGCAAUGCCCUUCCGAAGCCCACUACCAAGGACGGCGCGGCCGGACGGAGCGUCGCGGAGUGGGAGUUCCUCCUACACGUACGCGAGAGCACCGUCGGGGCUAUCCACUGCUUCCUCAAGCACAACUCCUCGUCGCUGGUCACUGCCGAUGUGACCAGACGCAUUUCCUCCAUGCUGAGCAACGGCCUUGCGUUCGCGAACACCUACAUCACAAACCGCCCGACGCUCAACCAGGAGGAGCUCCAAGUGGAGUCCAAGAGCCUCGGUAUCGACGGCCGCGAGGCUCUCCUGCGAUCCCGCAUCUUCCAAUGUUUCUCUCUAGUUGGCUUUUCUGGCGUCACCGAGUCCGUGCAGAGCUCUCUAUUGCAGUCUGUGAUCACCCUCUUUGCCAGCCCUGACGGGUACACUGGAUCCUCCAUGCAGGCAGCGAUCGCUACGUCUUCCGGGACGUUCACGUCUAUCUGGCAAAGCAUCGACGGCUACGCGUACGGCCUGACGAACCUUGAGGUCGACGACAACCCGGACUGGAUGAACAGGGACAGUAUUGAGAGCUCCAUCGACCAGCUGUGCCAGAAGCCCAUCAUCACCGCCCUUGAGCACGAUACGCUCUACUUGUGCCAAAAGAUCGUCUCCGACGCUCGUGGCAGGGCUCCGGAGCCUCCCCCGGCGGCCACAGCAGCCGUCGAUGCAUCCAUCCAACUUUUUGCACAGUUGCUACCCCUGCAAGACGUCGCGCAGACCACUCGCAUUGUCACGCAGCUCUUGAACUCAGUGGGAUCGGCCAAGCUCGACAAGAACACAGGCCGUAAGGCUGCGGCGCUGGUGAACACGACGUUCGCUGUGGUCUUUGCUCUUCGGCAAGGAACGUCGGCGAGUGCGCGUCAGGUCUUAGGCAAUUCCCAGGUUGCUACGCCGCUUGCGACCUUCUUGAAGGACGUCGUGGUGGAUGGAGACCCUACCCUACGGAAAGCGAGUAGCGAAGCCAUUGGUCGAUUGGCAAGUGUCGCCGGGACCAACUUCCUCACCAGCCAGGUGAAGACGCUUGUCGAUCAAGUAGUCAACAACCGUGACCCACACGGACGGGCUGGUUGCGCACUGGCGUUUGGUGCGAUCCACGCUCACGUUGGCGGGCUUGCCGCUGGUCCCCUGUUGAAGACUACGGUGCACGUCCUCAUGUCUCUCGUCAACGACCCUCAUCCUGUCGUUCAUUUCUGGGCGCUCAGCGCUCUCGCUCGGGUCAUCGACGCUGCUAGUCUUGCGUAUGCUCCGUUCGUAUCGAGCACCCUCGGCCUGUUGUUCAAGGUCUACAUGAUGGAAUCACACGAGCCGGACGGCGGUUCGCUGAACCAUGUCAACAUCAGCGGAGACUUACCAGCAUAUCAGGUCGUCUGCCAGAACAUUGACGCCGUCAUCACCGUCCUUGGCCCCGAUAUACAGGAGUCGACGCGCACUCGGACACUAGUACUCGACCUUGUUCACCAGUUCAUCGAUGAAGAGGACGACGGUAUCUGCGUCGAGGCGAUCAAGUGCAUCCAGCACUUCCUCAUGUUUGCCCCCGACCAUGUCAACAUCCCCGAGCUUGUCACCCGCUUCAGAGGUUACCUCGCGUCACCCCGCAGGCCCCUCAAGCUUGCGUCUAUCAACGCGCUCUACCAGCUUGUUCAACGAGACGCGCUCAGUAUGUCCAAGCUUGGUGGGGACCGGCUCGUAGAGGAACUCUUUGCCAUGUUGGAUGAUGACUCGUCUGUCGACGGGGUGCGGAACGUCAUCGCAAGCUGGCUGCAGCAGACAGUCAUAUACAACCCUUCCGCCUGGAUCGACCUCUGCCAACGCAUCAUGUCGCGGACGACCGCCUCUCAGCAGGCAGCAGAUGCAGCGACCAAACGUGGAGAUGUUGACGAUGAGGGGCAGUCGCUCAGCGUUGGGACCAACACCGCAUCGUCUCGACAGACAUCCCGCUGGCGGACACAGCUCUUCGCGCUGCAAUGUCUACACAACAUCUGUACUGUCGUCGGACGCUCUGGGCGGAGGGAACAUCUCGACAUCGCUUUUGCACGCAGCCAGGGUAUCCCGGUGUCCGGUUUGCUCGUCUCUCGCGUGCCGGACCUGAUCAAGAUUGCGUUUACGGCCUCCGCGGCGCAUGUCACGGAAAUUCGUCUCGAGGGGUUGACCGUGCUGACAGAUGUCAUCGAGAUAUUCGCCAAAGUGCCCGAUCCCGACUAUGAAGAGAACUUGCUCCUAGAGCAGCACCAAGCACCCAUCACUGCAGCCCUAACACCCGCGUUCUCAUCGGAUUCCUCCGCAGAAAUUCUGGCCUCCGCCAUCGGUACAUGUGCUAUUUUCGUUGGAUGCGGCGUGGUGAAAGACGUUGGUCGCAUGGGUCGAAUCCUGAAGCUUCUCACGUCCGCUUUGGAGCAGUCAAAGGGGUCCGGGAUGCUUGCCCUCGGAGACGCUGCCGAGCUGAGUCCGAAUGCGUCCGUCAUGUUGCGUAUCGCGACGCUUUCCGCAUGGGCCGAGCUAGAAGUAGCCAGCGCUCAGCAAACGUACCUGGUUGAGGUGGUGAAGCCCUAUCGCGCGACGCUCACCCCGCUCUGGGUGUCCUGUCUGCGCGACUACGCCAGUAUCAGGGUCGAUGCGGAGUCACUGGAUGAGACCGCUGCGGGCGCUCUGGAUUCCUCAUACUCGAGUCUCGGGCGCGAGGUGCUACUACCUUAUUAUGCGAAAGCCUGGUCUAUCAUCUUACACGCCGUGGCGAUCGCUAUGCAAAAGGACGACCCCAGUGUCCUCGCCGCUAUGGACGGACAGGAACUAGUUUCGGACCAGCCAGCGGCGAAGAGCGCAUCGAAUAAGCGUGAUGAGCCUACCGUGUUCUUCUUCGUCAUCUUUGGUCUGGUAUAUGAGGCAUUGGCGAGCUCAACCCCGGACGCCGACGCCGACGCGCAACGUACCUCUAUCGUCUCCCUGCAAGCGCUUAAGUGCCUGAUGCGACGGAAGUACUGCGGCAAGGUCUUCAGCGACCCACCACUCUUCGAAGAGCUGCUGAACUUGUUCUAUCGGAUGGCACUGACGGAACCUUCCGGAGUCCAAAUCCAUCUCGUUGAGGCCAUCGCAAGUUUGGCGGAAAGCAUCAAAGCAGACAACCUCACUAACGGGCACUCGCCAGGAACGGCGGAUGUGCUGUCUUCACCGUUAGCCCACUGCUUACGUAUAUGCGCAUAUAUCCUGCGCAGGGUGAUUUCUGGACCCCAGAACGGCGCCAUCCACGAUGGGGCAAGCCCUGCAGAGAAGGUCAGGCUUAUCAUUGCCGCAUUCGAAUCCUUCUCUGCCGUAGCUGCAUCCUUUGGUGCUACGCAGAGAGAGGACUUCAGGGCGAUCGCCAUUACUCUAUACUGUGAAAUGUUGCGGGACGAGGUGUCAGAACUCGACCUUGUUGGACCUACCCUGCAAGCGCUGAAAGGGCUCCUCGACCGACCAGCGAAUUUGCCAGACCCAGACAACAAGUUUGGUCGCAUAGUACAUGGUUUACUCUCGGCAUGUCUACUCAACGUGGACGCCAUGAGCGGCAGAGAGGGUCCGAUGUGCAACAAGAAAAUCAAGAACAACCUCCUUGCUGCAGUCCUCAUUCUGACAGUCCUACCCGGGACAGUCCACGUUGGACAGCCAAUCAUCGAGCAUUGCUGUUUCAUCAUAUCUCAAAAGCUUGUGGAAGGUAGCGAGCUGUCCUUGACGGCCGCGCAUUGCGCAAAGACCCUUAUCACGGCAUCUGCAUCCGGCAAUCCUGUGUUGAAGCAAUGCACCAGGCUACUCCUUCCCGGCCUGGUCGAGUGCCUCGCGAAGGGCGCUGCCUCCAGCGAUGACGCCUCUCCGUCCGAACAGGUACUGGCGACUGUGAGCGAGAUACACAAAGCGCUUUCUGCUCUAUUCCAGUCUCUCCCCGAAGACAUCCGUCCGCGAGCUCUGGGCGUCAUUAUGCCCGUUCUCAUAUUGUUCUUGAACCCCACACGACAACCGCCGACUGCUCUGCACACACAAAGCGUCACUCAGCUACUUUCUCUCGCUGCUGCCUCUCCCACUGCUUUUAAGGACGCCACCGCUCGGCUCGAACCUCCAGUGAGGGAGACUCUGGAGACCUCGGUCAGGCAAGCUCUGGGCGGCAAGGCGACCUCCGCCGAGCCGGCUCGGCCUCAGAUAUCUCUUCGUUCAUUCUGAAGCUAGCUAUUUACGGAAGCCCCCC